GAAAACCUAAAACCUCCGUCAUCAUCUUCCACCCAUCGGCUGCCGCAAUCCCCCAACACGCAGAGCUGCAACGAGUCACAGAGCCAUGGCGCAAUACGACCUGACGCCGCGCAUCGCUCCGAACCUGGACAGACACCUGGUGUUUCCGCUGCUGGAGUUCCUGCAGGAGAGGCAGCUUUACCCCGAUGAGGAGAUCCUCAAGGCGAAGAUCGAGCUACUCAGCAAAACCAACAUGGUUGACUACGCCAUGGACAUCCACAAGAGCCUCUACCACACCGAAGAAGUCCCCCAAGAUAUGGUGGAGAGGAGAGCCGAGGUCGUGGCCCGGCUCAAGGCACUGGAGGAGGCGGCAGCUCCUCUUGUGGCCUUCUUGCAGAACCCAAAUGCCGUUCAGGAGCUGCGAGCUGAUAAGCACUACAAUCUCCAGAUGCUCAAUGACCGCUAUCAGAUUGGUCCGCAGCAGAUUGAGGCGUUGUAUCAGUACGCCAAAUUCCAGUUCGAGUGCGGUAACUACUCGGGUGCUGCUGACUAUCUCUACCAGUACAGGGCCUUGUGCACAAACAGUGAACGGAGUUUGAGUGCACUCUGGGGGAAAUUUGCUGCUGAGAUUUUGAUGCCGAACUGGGAUACUGCUCUUGAGGAACUUAAUCGGUUGAAGGAAAUUAUUGAUUCGAAGCAGAGUUUUGCGUCACCCAUGAACCAAGUCCAGAGCCGGAUAUGGUUAAUGCACUGGAGUCUCUACAUAUUCUUUAACAAUGACAAUGGGAGGACACAGAUCAUUGACCUAUUUAAUCAGGAUAAGUACAUAAAUGCGAUCCAGACAAGUGCUCCACAUCUCCUCCGUUACCUUGCCACUGCAUUCAUUGUUAACAAGAGGAGGAGGACUCAAUUCAAAGAUUUUAUAAAGGUCAUACAGCAGGAGCAGCAUUCUUACAAAGAUCCCAUUACAGAGUUUCUUGCCUGCGUCUAUGUCAACUAUGACUUUGAUGGAGCACAAAAGAAAAUGAGGGAGUGUGAGGAAGUGAUUUUGAAUGAUCCUUUCCUCGGAAAACGAGUUGAGGAUGGCAACUUCUCGACUGUUCCAUUGAGAGAUGAGUUUCUUGAAAAUGCCCGUCUCUUUAUUUUUGAGACUUACUGCAGAAUUCACCGCCGCAUUGACAUGGGAGUACUUGCUGAAAAAUUGAAUCUGAACUAUGAGGAGGCUGAGAGAUGGAUUGUGAAUCUCAUCCGAGGCUCAAAACUGGAUGCCAAGAUAGAUUCAAAGUCAGGAACCGUUCUCAUGGAACCGAAUCACCUCAACGUGUAUGAACAGUUGAUAGACCACACCAAGGCUCUCUCCGGACGUACCUACAAACUAGUCGGUCAAGUAUUGGAGCAUGGACAGACGCAAGCCACCCGAUAAUUUUGGUCUUGAGUGGGUGGAGUGACUGUUGUUAGAUUUAAGUUGCUCUGUAUUAUUUUGGUCAGAUGAUUAAUUUCUCAUCAGAGGAUAGAUAAAUUUUGGCCAAGUUUACCUUGAAUCCUAUGGCUUUGGUAGGAUAAGAAUAUCAAAUGUUACACUGUUUAAGUUAUUUGUGAUCACGCGGCCAAUGUUUGCUUCAACUGGUUCGGCUUUGCAUAGUUAAUGAUGUGUACAACCUUCUUUUUCCCA